AUGCAUAUCUCAGACGACUUCAACAUGCUCCGUGAGCGUGUUCAGACUAUCAUCCGCCAGCGAAGUCGCAAGGAGAAGCGCAGCUUGGAUAUUUCUGCACCUUUCAACUUUGAAAAGAACCCAGUCAACCUUCCAGGCGUUUCAGAGGAACAACUCUCCAUGCUUCGAGAACAAGCUGCCGCCAGUCGAAUUGGCAUCGCAGACCAUCCCGGUCCUGGCCCCAUCGCUCCUCGCUCGCCCUGCUCGACAUCAAGCCUAUUCUCCCAUCCAGUACGACCAGCUAUGAAAUCGGUUCCCACAUGCGACUCGGUAUCCUCCACCGACAGUCUUCACUAA